AGAAAACCAGGUUGCUAAUCCAUGGGUCUUUUGUAGUGUAACUGUUUAUGUUUAUAGUAAAAAUCAUAUAAAACAUGCCGAAAAACAAAGGUAAAGGAGGAAAAAAUAGGAGGCGAGGAAAGAACGAAAAUGAAACUGAAAAACGUGAGUUGGUCUUUAAGGAAGACGGACAAGAGUACGCCCAAGUCACAAAGAUGCUCGGUAAUGGCCGCUUGGAGGCCAUGUGCUUUGAUGGCAUCAAACGCCUGUGUCACAUCCGAGGGAAACUACGAAAAAAAGUGUGGAUAAAUCAAGGAGACAUAAUAUUAAUAGGCCUACGAGAUUAUCAAGAUGCGAAAGCUGAUGUCAUCUUGAAAUAUACCCCUGACGAAGCUAGGAAUCUAAAGACGUAUGGAGAAUUCCCAGAAACGGUCCGCAUCAAUGAGACAGUAGUGUAUUCUGUGGAUGGAUUAGAUGAAGAUAUUGAAUUUGGAGAUGAAGUCAGUUCAGAGGAUGAAGCUGAUGAUGUGUGAAUAUGUAAUUUUUAGCUUUAUUUAUGAUAUUUGCAGUAAGUCUCUGUAAAAUUCCUUCUGUUAUUAAACAUGACUUUAAUUUUUACUUAUACCUACUUGUAAUUAUCCAGUCUUCAAAAUUAAUUUGUAAAAAAACACAAGUUGAAACAUUAUAGUAUUAUUAAUAUGCUUCAUCUGUUCACACUUCCUGAAAUAUAUUUAUUCUGAAAUUUGAUUUCUCAACAUUCCUGCCAUUGUUAUAUUUUCUGAAGUUAAAAUUUAAAUAUGUUAGGAAUGUAUAUAAAUUAAACAAUCAUCAAC